AAAAUUAUCAUUGUUUACUGAUGUGUGUAAUCAUGUGGUUGUAUAAUUGUGUGUUGUGCUGUAACCAGUAUGCAGGGGGAGAACGUUGUGGCAAUAAUUGUGGACUAAUGGACUAAUGGCCACGGAGUAUUGAUUACAUGAUUGGACACUGGACGGAGGAAUCCCUUUUAUACAGGGUAACUGAAAGGAACGAGAGAGAUUUCCCAGGUGACGCUGGAGUGAUGACGGGAUCCAGCAGCGACACGCCGGACAACAACAAUCGCCAGCCAGCCGGCGUGAGGGGAGAGAAGCAUGUUAGCAUGCCAGCUAAAGGGAAGUGCUUGUACUGAUUCGAGUGGAUACUCUGUGUGAAUGGGUCAGCUUCUAGCCUGCCGGUUUGUAAGUGUGCUUUCUGUCCAGAGCUACCGUCAGAGGAGAAGCAGAAGCGGCAUCGGGAGGAAGAGUGCGAGAGAGAGACGCAGACUGUCACCAGCCAGGGUGUGUGGAAGUGCGACGGUGGCGUGAUCUUCCCUCCUUCAUCCUGCAACGAUGAACCGCUGUUUCGCUUGCUCCUGGACUUAUUGAGCUCGUGGGGUUUGGGUGUUUUGCUGUGUUUUGGUCGGCGUGGGGGAUGCCGCCGACCAAAAGUGUUUUCCUUCAUCACCGGCAGCGCACCCGCUUAGCGGGGCAGGCAUGAACUGGGUGAGCCCCUCUUAUUGGUUUCCACUUGCUGGGGAGGUAAGUGCAGCCUAACGUGACGAGGGGCUGUUUAGUGUAGCGUGGGAGCGAACUGUAACAGUGGUGUAGCUUGCUGUGGGUGUGUGUGAGCCAUCUGUGCACGGACAUUGCUUAUGUAUAUUUCACGUGUGAAUUGUAACACCAGUGUUUUGCCUAGCUGGGAAUGAUAUUGGGGGCUUUGCUGUGGGGAGUUUUGUUUCUAAUGUAUUGCAUGUCUUAUUUCUAAGUGGCCUCUCUGCAAUUAAGUUGUACUCCUCCUCCCCCCUUUGUGGUGCCUGACUGGCUAUUAGUUAGCCUCUUUACCCUGUGUGAUUGGGGUGGGUUACAUAGGAUGGGCUGGGCCUAAACUAUGUACUAUAUUUUGCCCAGGGACUGUGUGCUUCUAAGUGUGUGUGUGGCUGCCGGCCCUCUACAAUAAAACUGUUAAACUUUAUUCAUGUCUGGUGUUGUGUGUCUCAGAGGGGUCUGAACCAAGGGAAAACAUUAAGGUCGCGGUGACGACAAUUUGGCGUAGCCGGCAGGACCCCUCUCUAGACACAACACCAUGAGUGACGACGAGGGUGCGGCAGCACCAGGUGUGGUAAAUAACAUGAUGGUGCCUUGGUUCCUGGGUGGGCCCUGGGUACCUAAGUAUGGGGAUAAGGGCAGCCAGCAGCCCUUCAUAGAAUGGCGUGAUCAAAUAGAGGUGUAUUUGCGCGCACAGACACUGUCAGCAGAACAAAGGGUUGACUUUGUAAUGAGUGCACUCCAGGGGGAUGCUAGGAGGGAGAUACUAUUACUCCAAGCCACAGAGAGAAACACUGACAGUAAAAUAUUCACUGCCCUUGAGAGACUGUAUGGGGAUGUCUUGACUACCAGUCAGGUUAGAGCAAAAUUCUUCAAAUGUCAGCAACUGGUGGGAGAAGGGGUGGGGCCUUUCAUUCUGCGUCUCCGUGAGUCUCAUUUCAGAUGGCGGAGCAGAGAGGAAGCAACGGGGUCUGAUGUGGAGAUGCUGCGCAGCCAGUUGGUGCUGGGACUACUGCCAGGACCUGUGCAGACAGAGCUCCAGCGGCGGGUGCGACGGGAGCCAGACCUAACCUUCAAGGAGGCGUGCAAGGAGGUCAAGGCCAUGGAGAAGGAGACCGAGCGGGCCACCGUAGACGGUGUAGACAUACGGCGGACGUACAACAACCCCCCCCAGCCCACUCCUCCUGCCCCAUCAGACCCUCUUCAAAACUGGGACAGCCUCAAGGAGGCAUUGAGAACUGAGCUAGCUGGUGAACUGCGGGCCCAGGUUAUUGACUUAAAGACCUCAUUACUGGCAGAGCUCCGAUCACAACAAACUACCCGCCAGCAACCGGAACAACCACCUAGCAAGAGGGGCGGCGAACAGGGCGCCAAUCGGGCACAGCGGCGGCCAAGACUACCACAAUGGGAUGACCAGGGCCGCCCGAUCUGCCUACGUUGUGGGCAGGCAGGCCACAUGCUACGGGAGUGCCAGAACCGAGAGUCCACUAACCAUUUUAGAGUGACAGAUGAGGGGAGGCCAGUGGAGGUUCCAAUGCGAUCUGCCCUUGUCGGAGAGAGCCCUGAGGUCGAGGUCCUUGUCCAAGGUAAACGCAUCCCCUGCAUCCUCGACACUGGGUCCCAGGUGACCCUAUUUAGCCAGGGCCUGUUCCAAAAGCACCUACAGGGCACCGAGAUGAAAGAGGUGGGUGAUAUCCCUUGGCUGACAUUGAAAGCGGCUAACGGGUUAGCCCUGCCUUAUGUUGGGUAUACUGUAUUGGACUUUGAGGUGGGGGGUGUGUUGGUACUAGGAAGGGGGGUGGUUAUAGUUGAAGACAAGUACUUGCCUCCGGCCUAUGGGGUUUUAGGCAUGAAUGUGAUUCAACAUUGUUGGGAUGGCCUCCGUCAACAGGGGGGGCGCACAUUCACUAUGUUCAAGUCUACUCUCCCCAGGUCAGCAGGGGUGGCCUGGGAUCGGGCCUUUGCCGCCUGCAGGAGGCUUGAAGCAGAGGAGCACCGGGGACCAAGCCUUGGAGUGGCCCGGCUGCGUACAAGCGACCCUGUCUGGCUGGCCCCACAAACGGAGACUGCGGUGUGGGCCCACGUCCCUGAGGCGCCCAAAGCCAGUCAAGAAGAUGUCCUACUCGAAGACUGCUACCAUGGGGGGCAAGAGUGGUGCGUGGGGCGUGCAGUUGCGAGGCUACAGGACGGCAGGGUCCUCCUCCGCAUAUGUAACCCUCACCCCUACCCUGUGGCGCUACCUCCCAGACGGCCCCUUGCCCGUGUCCUUCGUCUGGGACAGGAUGAUGUCCAAACGCCAAACCAGCUGGUCCUCAGGCAGGAGGAUGAUGCAGUGGUGGAGGUGGACGUGAGGCCAGUGAGUAGUCCCCUUUCCCCCUGUAUGACUUCUCUGCUCCAACAGACGGAUGGACUGACACCGCCCCAGUCUCAACAGCUUCAAGGGCUGCUUGAGCGUUGGCAGGGGGUGUUUGCCCAGAGUGAAGACGACUACGGGUGCACAAAUGCCGUGUACCACACCAUUCCCACAGGGGGUGCUGCACCAAUUCGCCAACGAUAUCGACCCGUGCCGCCUAACCUCUACGCGGAAUUGAGGACGUUGCUGCGUGACAUGCUGGAUGGAGGAGUUGUCCGAGAGAGCUCCAGUCCGUGGGCGGCCCCGGUGGUCUUAGUAAAGAAGAAGGACGGCUCCUGGAGGUUUUGUGUUGACUACAGGAAGUUGAAUGCAGUCACGCAUAAGGAUGCCUACCCCCUCCCUCGUGUGGAGGAGUCCCUGACUAAUUUAAAGAAAGCAGAAUGGUACUCCACACUCGAUCUGGCCAGUGGGUAUUGGCAAGUGGAGGUUCACCCUACAGAUAGGGAGAAGACGGCCUUUGCAACUCCACUAGGCCUGUAUGAGUUUGAGAGGAUGCCCUUCGGCUUAUGCAACGCCCCCGCAACCUUUCAGCGCCUUAUGCAACGAUGCCUCGGGGGUCAGGUACACGAUUUUUUGCUGAUAUAUCUGGACGAUAUAAUUUUGUACUCACCUGAUUUCCAUUCCCACAUAGGACACCUCGAGCAGGUCUUUUCCAAGUUGCAGGACCAUGGCUUGAAGCUGCAGCCCACCAAAUGCCACCUCUUCCAGCGCUCAGUACAGUACCUGGGCCACGUGGUGAGCCAGGGGGGUGUGGCAACUGACCCCCAGAAGACUGAGGCGGUCCAGGACUGGCCGGUGCCCACUACAGUGCGGGAGGUUCGCUCAUUCCUGGGGUUCGUCGGCUACUACCGCCGGUUCGUCCCAUCUUUUGCGCGGAAAGCAGGGCCACUGCACGCGUUGUUGAGGGGGACCGGCGGGAGUAAGACCAAGUUAGUCGACUGGACCCCAGAGUGUGGAAAAGCUUUCGAGGACCUCAAGGAAGCCCUCCUGAGAGCCCCUGUUCUGGCCUACGCUGAUUUUGGCCUCCCAUUCCGGGUCUACACGGAUGCCAGCUUGCAUGGGCUGGGGGCUGUGCUGGCCCAGGUCCAGGAGGGGCGAGAACGCGUCAUCGCCUACGCCAGCCGCGGACUCCAUGACGCAGAGCGUAAUGACCAGCAUUAUAGUGCAUUCAAACUGGAGCUCCUGGCUUUAAAGUGGGCAGUGACGGAGAAAUUCAAAGACUACCUGUGGGGCGCCACCUUUAAAAUCUUUACUGACCACAGGCCUCUGCUUCACCUGCAAACGGCUAAUCUGGGGGCUGUGGAGCAGAGGUGGGCUGCCCAGUUGGCGAACUUUGACUUCUCCUUAUGCCACAAGCCAGGGGCAGACCACCAGAAUGCAGAUGCCUUGUCCCGCCUUCCUGAGGUGACUGCUGCAAGGCGAUUGGAGGCACCUGAGCCGGAACCGGAGGGCUUGGAGCAAGGCUCAUGGGCAGAGCGCCAGGGCAGCGAUCUGGAAUUGGCCAAGAUCCGGCAGUGGCGGCAGCAGGGGAACAGGCCUACACCGGGUGAGCGGCAGUCCCUCCAGGCUAGUGGGCGACGACUUGUGGGGGAAUGGGAAAGGCUUAAUGUGCAGGAUGGAGUUCUGGUGUGGCGGCGGCCGGCACUUAGGGGGCAAGAAGGGGGAGUGGCAAUCGUGGCCCCUGUCGCUGAGAGAAAAACUCUGUGGACUCAGUAUCACGUGGCUUUGGGCCACGCCAAGGGAUCCCGACUGCUGACUGCACUGCGGGAGAGGCUUUUCUGGAUUGGGAUGAGCAGAGACAACCACAGGUGGGUGAGUGAGUGUCCCCAGUGUGUGCUUAGCAGGGCAAGGGCUGGGCCAAGGGCACCCAUGUGUUCCAUCGAAAGUAGCUAUCCUUGGGAGACCCUGGCCCUGGAUUACCUGUCCCUGCGGCGCCCUGGGGAUAGCUACCAAUACAUACUGGUUAUGGUUGACCUGUUCUCUAGAUUUGCCUUUGCAGUGCCAACGAGAGACCAGACGGCAGCUACAACGGUAGCAGUGCUGUGGGGGACAGUGUUUCGGUCCUUUGGGUGCCCAGAGCGGAUCUUGACUGACCAGGGGCCAGCAUUUGAAGCUGACUUGACCCAGCAGCUGUGUACCCUGUAUGGGUGUCGCAAGGUGAGAACAACCCCUUAUCAUCCUCAGGGUAACGGGGCUUGUGAGAGGAUGAACCAGACGAUCCUCAGCCUGCUGAACACCUUGGAGCCAAGGGAGUAUUCUCGGUGGAGAGAACACCUGCCGGGCCUGGUGCAUGCUUAUAACAACACGCCGCACAGUGUGACCGGUUUGGCCCCCUUCUUUGUAGUGUUCGGCAGGCAUGCCCGCUUACCAGUGGACCAGUUGGCCGGGCUGGAGAGGCCAGAGCAACGAGGUCCCUUGCAGGACUGGGUCCAGCAGCACCACGCCCGUCUCCAGAAUGCCUACCAGCUGGUGAAAGAGCGAAAUCAACACCGACAACAACAGGACCAGGGACGACGCAACCAGGGCCCUAAGGCCCAGCCAUUAUUGCCUGGGGAGAGGGUCUUUGUUCGAGACUUCCGCCGCCGGGCCCGAGGGAAGCUGGGGUACCAUUGGGACCCACGACCAUAUGUGGUCCGGAGCCAGCCUACGAGGGACCGCCCUGUGUACGUUAUCCGACCAGAAGGAAGGGAGGGACCUCUGCGCACCCUGCACCAAAACAACUUGUGUGUGCAGCCCAGCAGCUGGCGGAGUGGGGCUCAUGGGGGCGUAGGUGAAUUGGCAGGGAGCCAGCCCACAGUACCGCCUGAAGCAGAACGGGGGCCUGAGAGGGGGUGGUGGCCAGUUUGUUUCCCAUGUGAGCAGGGUCGCCCAGAACCAAGGGAGAACCUGAGGGGGGCUAGGGAAGUAGGGGAAGCCCUCGCUGAGGCUGGGGUGGAGUCUGGGGAUCCUCUGGGACCCCGCCGAUCCCAGCGAGCCAACUUGGGGGUUCGCCCCGCAAGUAUGCAGGGGGAGAACGUUGUGGCAAUAAUUGUGGACUAAUGGACUAAUGGCCACGGAGUAUUGAUUACAUGAUUGGACACUGGACGGAGGAAUCCCUUUUAUACAGGGUAACUGAAAGGAACGAGAGAGAUUUCCCAGGUGACGCUGGAGUGAUGACGGGAUCCAGCAGCGACACGCCGGACAACAACAAUCGCCAGCCAGCCGGCGUGAGGGGAGAGAAGCAUGUUAGCAUGCCAGCUAAAGGGAAGUGCUUGUACUGAUUCGAGUGGAUACUCUGUGUGAAUGGGUCAGCUUCUAGCCUGCCGGUUUGUAAGUGUGCUUUCUGUCCAGAGCUACCGUCAGAGGAGAAGCAGAAGCGGCAUCGGGAGGAAGAGUGCGAGAGAGAGACGCAGACUGUCACCAGCCAGGGUGUGUGGAAGUGCGACGGUGGCGUGAUCUUCCCUCCUUCAUCCUGCAACGAUGAACCGCUGUUUCGCUUGCUCCUGGACUUAUUGAGCUCGUGGGGUUUGGGUGUUUUGCUGUGUUUUGGUCGGCGUGGGGGAUGCCGCCGACCAAAAGUGUUUUCCUUCAUCACCGGCAGCGCACCCGCUUAGCGGGGCAGGCAUGAACUGGGUGAGCCCCUCUUAUUGGUUUCCACUUGCUGGGGAGGUAAGUGCAGCCUAACGUGACGAGGGGCUGUUUAGUGUAGCGUGGGAGCGAACUGUAACAGUGGUGUAGCUUGCUGUGGGUGUGUGUGAGCCAUCUGUGCACGGACAUUGCUUAUGUAUAUUUCACGUGUGAAUUGUAACACCAGUGUUUUGCCUAGCUGGGAAUGAUAUUGGGGGCUUUGCUGUGGGGAGUUUUGUUUCUAAUGUAUUGCAUGUCUUAUUUCUAAGUGGCCUCUCUGCAAUUAAGUUGUACUCCUCCUCCCCCCUUUGUGGUGCCUGACUGGCUAUUAGUUAGCCUCUUUACCCUGUGUGAUUGGGGUGGGUUACAUAGGAUGGGCUGGGCCUAAACUAUGUACUAUAUUUUGCCCAGGGACUGUGUGCUUCUAAGUGUGUGUGUGGCUGCCGGCCCUCUACAAUAAAACUGUUAAACUUUA